UGGGCCGCCAGUACCUCUCCGGAGCCCGCAGUGCAGCCAUGGCCAGGCACCAAGCAUCACUCGCCUACUGCGCGUGCGCAAUAGCCAUCUUGGCAGCCUUCGCAGCCACAGCAAGUGCCCAGCGGUGCGACUCGCCGUGCGUGCGGGUGUCUGAGUGCGGCUGGCUGGCGGCGCUGCUGCGUCGCGAGCCGCGGCCGCCGGGCGUCGCCGAGCUGCUGCGGGGCCUCGUCUGCGGCAGGGACGGCCGCUUCGUGCUCGUCUGCUGCGGCCCGCCACCGGGGCAGCCCAAACCCAAACCCAAACCAGAGCCGCAGCCGCAGCCGCAGCCUAAGCCGAAGCCAGAGCCGAAGCCGAAGCCAGAUGGGCCCGUCUGGCCACAGGACCCGCUGCAGCACCCAAACCUGCGGCUGCUGCCCGUGAAUACGUGCGGACAUGACGACUCUGAGCGUGUCUUCGGCGGCAACGUGACCGCCAUCAACCAGUACCCCUGGAUGGCGCUGCUCGGCUACUCGUCACGCGGGAGUCCGCGGGAGUUCCUGUGCGGCGGCUCGCUCAUAAGCAGCCGCUACGUGCUGACCGCCUCGCACUGCGUCAACGGCAGGAAGCUCGGCUCCUACAGGCUGGUGGCCGUGCGGCUGGGCGAGUGGGACCAGCGCACAGACGUAGACUGUUCCGUCGACUUCUGCGCUCCGCCGGCCGAGGACUACGGCAUCGAGGAGGCCAUCCCCCACCCGGACUACAACCCGCAGUCCACCAGCAACGCCGACAACGACAUCGCGCUGCUCAGACUCGACCGCGACGCGUCCGAUAACUCUUUCAUCAGAUCAGUCUGCUUGCCAAUUGCUCCUGAGAUCAGGCAGGCAAAUUUCGUCGGGAAGAAUCUUGUUGUGGCUGGCUGGGGUACAACGGAAUAUGGUGACGUCAGCCCAGUGAAGCUGUACGUCGGGGUGCCGGUGGUGGACGAGCAGACGUGUCAACAGCGGUACUCGCGCUGGAACCGGCGCAUCGUGGCGUCGCAGAUGUGCGCCGGCGGCAAGGAAGGCAAGGACUCCUGCACCGGCGACAGCGGCGGCCCGCUCAUGGCCUUCGAAGGCCGGCCACCUAGGGGUGUCCUCGUCGGCGUCGUCUCGUUCGGCCCCCGCGAGUGCGGCAUGAAGGGCUACCCUGGCGUCUACACCCGCGUCUCCUCCUUCCUCACCUGGGUACUCGACACCAUUCGGCCUUAACGUCACGCACACGGCAUACACCAAACCACACCUCCUAGACCUCUCAUCACGUGCAACAUUCGACUGGAUGCAUCCAGACGAAGUACAUCACACAUUAAUGUUCACAUUAGGACAGCGAAUAUCAGCGAUAUUACACCUUAAGAGGUGUUAGCUCUUAGCAGUAUCUUUUCACAUGCCAUUACACACCAUUGUCUUCAAAAUAUAAUUUCAAUAUAAAUUUUUCUUCUUUUGUUAUCUUUAAAUGUCUAGUACACAAAAUUCACAAAAACGAUCCUUAAAGGAAAAAAUUGAAACACACUACUGUCAUGUGAUAUCCAUGUGUGAAACAGGUUAAGAACCUGAUUAUUAUGGGAAGAAUCUCCGGUAAUUAGUAAUAAAAUCCACUCUGAGAACAACAAAAUUUCGUAAAGUUUCGAUAGCUGCACAACAUGUAUAUCGACGACAACUGAAAACACCGAAAUGGAACGGCUUAAUCUUGACGAGCAAAUGAUUCGUUGUAAAUACUGUGACAAUGUGGCUGUAAAUAAUGUGACAAUGUGGCUGUAAAUAAUGUGACAAUGUGGUACUGUUAACAACUGCUGCUUCAGCUGACACAGUGUACUGUUUUAUGCAGUAACAACGAGCGCUGCCUUCUCAUACCCGUUCGCGCUCUAGUUUAAGGAAUUGAAUUUCCUCCAAUUAUUCUCACUCCGAUCCUACAUUCACCAAAACCAGGACUUUGGCCACGUUGUCGUUAUCUCAGAAAAUAAUUUCGUUUGCAACAUUUAAUAUAUUUAUGCGUUCUUUGUACAUUGCCAGUACCUACAUUCCGUUCUGGUUUCCUGUGACACUGUUUCGUGAUUACAUGUAUAGACGUGCUUUCAAGCAGAGAAAGUGAUUUUGAACAUUGAAACCAUACUGUGUAUUGAAGAAUUUUUACAAACUUAAUUUAUUUUGUUAUCCUUGCACAUCAUGGGAGUGAGCUGUACCAUGAUGUAUAGACUUACUUUUUUUACUCAUAAUUUAUAAAUAAACGUUUUAAAGUA